UAUUGGCGCGUUUUUUUUACAAGAGUUUUGGAAGGCUUUUUGCCCCAUAAUUGUGCAAUACAAAAGCUGCGAGUGCUGAUCCACAGCUGCCACGCACCAUGGACAAGUUCCUGCACCGCAAUCCGACGUGGAAGACGAAGACGUACGGCUCGAUCGUAGCGAGCGCCGCAAACAAGAAGCCAUCGGCCUCUUCUACGGCGGCGUCACAACGCCGGCCGUUGCAAGACUCAAAUGUGGCGGAGUCCCACUGGCUUCCAACCAAAUCUCAAUCUCAAAGUUCGGCAGCCGACCUGCAGGCCAGGACCGGCGAAAAGGUUCAUCCCUCGACCUCCACCAAUACUGGACUGCAUUCGGCCGCCUCCAAGGCGAUCGCUCAAUAUCGCUCCGAAUUGAAGGAAGAUUCGCAGACUAUGACCACGGCAGGGGCAGAGGCAAGGACACCGAAACACCGAAAACAAGCAAGCGAAGCUCCAUCUCACGGCAGCACUACGCCCUCCAAACAGAACUCGCAAUUUAUGCGCAUGCAGCAAGAUCUCAACAGUCCCAGCGCUGCGCUGCGUCUGCGCGCCCUGCGAGCCUUGAAGAGUCCCACAAAGAGUGCCUAUAACAACUUUGAUGUGUCCCAUACCGAGCAUAGUAUAAUUACCACGGAGGAGCGGAAUCCCAAAGAGCCACCCACUCUGCCCGAACUGCUGAAGGAUGUGGUUAUCUAUGUAGAGGUUCGCACGGGCAACGAUAAUCGUUCCGACGGUGUAAGGACUGUUAUUGCCAAGAUGGGAGCCCAGGUCAACGAUCGCCUUAGGCGCAACACCACCCAUGUGGUCUUCAAAGACGGCCUACUCUCAACCUACAAGAAGGCCAUGGAGUGGCAGAUACCAGUUGUGUCGAUAUUGUGGAUUGAGGCAUGCAAGGUGCAGCGCAAGCUCUGUGAUCCCAGCCAGUUUCCCAUCAGCAAUAUACACAAGUACGAGUAUCCAGAGCUCUUCGGCAAGAUACCGCGCGUUCGCUGUAUGCCAACGGACUAUGAGUUGAAGAACUGGGUGCCAAAGCGCCAGGGAACGCCCAAAUCCUCGAAGGACACUGAGCUAGGAUCGGGCAGUAAGAAAACUCAGCCGGCAACACCAACCACAACUCCUAAGAAUGACAUAAGUCGCUUUUUCCGAGCCCUCAGCCACAAGAAAACUGUUGAUGAUGAGACUACAGAGUCGCCAGCGACCACACUACUCAACAGAAUUAGCAGUGGUUCCUACACUCCAUUGCCGGCACCAGCAACUACACAGCGAAAGGACACCAGCAAUGGCAGUGGUGAUGCUGUGGCCGCAAGGAAUCUGCAGGCUCAAAGAAGCCUUAGUUUCACCGAGAACCCAAACAGCAAUACACCAUCAACCACUUCGAGACCGCCACGAAGGAGUACAGUGGAACCAACUCCGGUUACGACAACGCCGCCAGUGCGCACCAGUCGGCGCCGAAGCUGUGCAGCGGAUUACAGCAGCCAGCCGCCAACGACGGAACCCCGUAUGACUCGUCGCAGAAGUUCGCUCCUAAUUAAUUCAGUUACGGAAGAAGCUGAUGAUCUGCCAGAACCAGUCUUAGAGCCCCGAAUGACUCGCCGCCGGAGCUCUUUGAAUCUAGCUUUGAAACCGCCAGGGGAUUCAACUCCGAAGCAAACCAUCGAAACCAUUUCAGAAGAGCUGGCUCCUACUGAAGAGGACAAUAACUCAAUUGUGAUGGAGGAGACCAUCAAGGUGGCCCAAAUAACGAAUUGCGUAGAGCAGUCAUUAGAGAUAAGUGCGGAGCAGGCAGAGGUUUCCCACAUAGCAGACAGACGAGGAACCCUUUACGCUUCGGAAACAAUGGAUAUUACAGCUCCUUGCCGCCGCAGUAUAGCCACCUCGACUACCAUGCUUAGAUAUGAUAUUUACGGAGGAAUUGGUAGUCCCUCGCUGCAUAAUGAAAACUCCACCAUGGAGGAGCCACUGACUCCGAUAUUUAGUUCGACGCGUUUGCCGGGCGUAAAGUCCACUGGAAAUCGCAGGCGCACCCUAUUUAACAUUGACCUGAAUGUGGUAAAUGAGAAUAUCGAACGGAUGAACGAAUCACAUCGCAGAUCUCUUGCUUUAGCCAAUGAAGCAGAGCUGGGCGAAUGUCGUGUAGUUCCCGAUGUGGAGCCACAGCCGGUAACAGAGACGCCAUUGACCGAACCCAAAAGACGUCGGCUUUUCAAUCCCAAUGACGAGGUGGUCAUUUCACCGCCAAAGAGCUCCAGGAAAAGGAUGAGCAUGAGUGGAUCGACGGGAUCAGUGCAAAAGCGGCGUCGAUCGAUGGCUGUGAUUCCCAGCACUACGGAGAUAACAACGGAAACACCUGCUCCAAACGUUGCUGCCAGCGAUGUCAUCACGCCCUUGCCAGAAGAGCCUGAGGAAACUAAUGAAGAAUUUCUGACUCCCAAGUCUUCAAUGGAUGCACUUCCUGGCGUAGAAGAUGUUUCCACACCCAGUACUGAAGCAACUCCGUCAAAGUCUAGCAAGCCACGUGCACGCAUACGCACUCUGGUGCACACUAAUAUGCACCAGGAGCAGAUCCUGGUCAUCCGCAAGGCCCUGCGCAAGUUGCGGGGAAUGCGACUGGAUCCGACCGUUACCCAACGCACCACCCACCUGGUUAGCCUGGAGCCGCGCCGUACCCUGAACCUCCUGCGUGGCCUGAUGCGCGGCGUCUGGAUCGUUAACUACCAAUGGGUGCUGGCAUCGAUGCGGGCCGGUAAAUGGGUCAAUGAAGAGCCCUACGAACUGAAAAGGUUCUCCCGUGCCAUCGAGAUCUGUCGCACCGAGCGCCAGGCCUUUGGCAUUCACUACCACUGCGAGUUGUUUCGCUUCAUGCAGCCCUUCUAUGUAUCAUCCCUGUGCCGGCCCAUUCAGUUCAACAACAUAAAGGAGCUGCUUCUGUUGGGUGGUGCCAAGCUGACGGAGAAUCGCUUCAAGGCCAAGUACGUCAUUGGGGACAAGCGUCGGGCCGAGGACGACCGCCUGUAUCUGUCGCCCUUAUGGGUCCUGGACAGCAUUACCAACAUGCAGAUCCAGAAAUUCGGAAGAUAUUUGAUGAAGAGCGCCAUCGUCACGCCGGAAGGCAUACAGUACGAGUGCGCGAAAGAUCGCGAGAUGGCAGAAAAGUCGCACAAACACGAUUUUAUUGAUCCACCUUUCAUUAUGGAUAAAUAGAUGUGGGUCCACCCCAUCUUUUUUUGUGUUUUAGUGCAGGAAGCAACCCAAAAUGGAUUUAACUAUUAUUCAAAAAUGUUUCUAUUUUUUCUGUUCAAAAGUACUACUUCGACUGUGUAAAUAUAUUUGAUUUAUAACAUA